UAUAUACUCCAACAUGUGGAUGAAACAUUGUGUUGUGUGUGGCAGGCCUCAGUUCAUCCCUGAUCUGGUCCAGGUCUGGUAUGAUGAGAGGAACCACUUCUCCUACCUGGACAGAUGUGCUGGAUCUGUGUGCUCUCACUACACACAGACUCCUCACCAGCUGAGAGCACCAACAUGAACGCCCCUGGCCACCUGGGUGCGGGCAGCCUGUGUGCCAUCUGUGGAGACCGAGCCACUGGCAAACACUACGGGGCGUCCAGCUGCGACGGCUGCAAGGGCUUCUUCAGACGCAGCGUCCGCAAAAACCACAUGUACUCCUGCAGGUUCAACAGACAGUGUAUUGUGGACAAAGACAAGCGAAAUCAAUGCAGAUACUGCAGACUGAAGAAAUGUUUCAGAGCUGGCAUGAAGAAAGAAGCCGUGCAGAAUGAAAGAGACAGAAUCAGCACCAGGAGAUCCAGCUAUGAAGACAGCAGUUUACCAUCCAUCAACGCACUCAUCCAGGCAGACGUGCUGUCAAGACAGAUCACCUCCCCUGCUCCCAUACUGAACGGCGACAUCAGAACCAAAAAGAUCGCCGCCAUCACAGACGUUUGUGAGUCCAUGAAGCAGCAGCUGCUGGUCCUGGUGGAGUGGGCCAAGUACAUCCCGGCCUUCUGUGACCUGCCCCUGGAUGACCAGGUGGCGUUGCUGCGAGCUCACGCCGGAGAACAUCUCCUCCUCGGGGCUGCAAAGAGGUCCAUGCUUUACAAAGACAUCCUCCUAUUAGGAAAUGACCACAUCAUUCCCAGAAACUGCCCCGAGCUGGAGGUGGGCCGGGUGGCCGUGCGGAUCCUGGACGAGCUGGUGCUUCCCUUCCAGGAGCUUCAGAUAGACGACAAUGAAUACGCCUGCUUGAAAGCCAUAGUUUUCUUCGACCCAGAUGCUAAAGGUCUGAGCGACCCUGGAAAGAUCAAACGGAUGCGAUACCAGGUUCAGGUGAGCCUGGAGGACUACAUCAACGACAGGCAGUACGACUCCAGGGGACGCUUCGGGGAGCUGCUCCUGCUGCUGCCGACGCUACAGAGCAUCACCUGGCAAAUGAUCGAACAGAUCCAGUUCGUCAAACUCUUCGGCAUGGCCAAGAUCGACAACCUGCUACAGGAAAUGCUCCUGGGAGGUUCUGCAAAUGAGGCUCCACAUGCACCCCACUCUCUGCACCCUCACCUGGUUCAGGAGCACCUCAGCAGCAAUGUCAUACUGGCCAGCAGCAUGCCGACGCCCAUCCAUAACGGUCAAAUCUCCACUCCUGAAACCCCGAUCCCGUCUCCGCCCACUGCCUCCAGCUCAGAACAUUAUAAGAUGGCUCAGGGGGUCAUAGCCACCGUGCCCAAGCAGCCCACCUCCAUCCCUCUGCCGACUAUUACAAAGCAGGAGGCCAUCUAACAACCUCUGUGUCCUUAUUCCUUCAGGUGUUUCCUUCAUUGUGUUGAAGCAGGGUGUUUAUAUGUGUGUACACAAUCAGCAAUGAAGCUGUAAACUUGACUGACACAAUAAAACUAGCUGAAUAUGUAGAAUGUAAUCGACGUCCCUCACAGAUUGCUGUUUCUCUUCAGGGAUCUCUUCGUUCACACGCAGCUGCAGCUGAGCUCAGCGAAAGCCAGACUUAAUGUUAGCAUUUAAACUGUUUGGAUAUGUUGUUGUUCUGUAAGAUUAACACAUAGAAAUACUUUGUCGUGUAUAUAGUUUAUUAUUGGGAAACAUCACUUCCUUCAGUGUGUGCAGUAGGGCUUGUGUUAGACAUGGUGGCAUUAUCAUGUCAGUAUUUUAUAAAUGUUACAGCAGGCCUUACUUUGUCUUAUAUUUAGUGUUGCACAGUAUUUUAUUUAAGCUCAUGAAUGAUAAAAUGAUGUCAGAAACUUUGAAAAUCUUCAUUUUAUCACAGCUAAAAAGAAAUUCCUUGUGUGACUUAAGUUUUAGGAGGAACUUUAGGAUAUUCAGUGAACGAUUUUAAACAUCUGUGGUUAGAAAGUUCUUACUUACAUUAGUUUAAUAUUCAAAUUAAGACAAAUAAACCUUGGUACAUUAGUGAACACUGCCUGCUGCCACUUUGUAAAAGUCACAGGCAGACAUACUGAGGAAGUUUCUCUAUAAUAUGUUGUAUUUGUUUCUAAAAAAUAUAUUCUAUUUUUUGUUUAGUACUUUGUCAUGGUUUAAAUGAUGGAAAAAUGUGCCUUGUGACCUGUACUGCCUUACAAAACAGGAAAUGUUUCGCCUUUUAAUGUGAAGAUGAAUUAAUAAAUCUCAAGGUCUAUUUUUA